AUGUCGACACAGUCCCCCAACCACCACGAAGACAUCACGAAGACAUCCUCAGUCAACAUGACGACCACAACAACAUCAACCAAGACCAAGGCGGCCGCAAAGGCAGGCACCAAUGCCGCGCCCAAGCAAAAGACACAGAUGCAUCGCCGCUCAAGGACAGGAUGUUACACAUGCAGGUUGAGGAGGAAGAAGUGCGAUGAGGGUUCUCCCAUGUGCACAGCUUGCAAGCAUCUUGGGCUAUGCUGCGAAUACAAGAGGCCAAUGUGGUGGAGCAACAAUGAUGCGCGGAGGAAGCAGAAGGACGAAAUCAAGAUGAUCAUCAAGAGGAAGAAGCUUUCGGAGAAGUCGUCGCACACCAUCCAGACCUCAAUCAACACUCCACCUGGACUCUCGCACUCGCUCCCGACGUCGGCGACCUUUUCAGACCCGCUUGAUCGCAACAGGUCUGCUUCCAUCGACUCGCAUUUUGGCUUCAACUUUAAUAGCCCCCAGCACGGCCAGGAUUUCGCGGCAUUUGCGACACCACAAAUACACGUCAAUGGCGAGUACAUGUUCCCACCCUUCUCUCCCUAUGAGAUCGAUAUGAAGACAGAGCGGCAAAUCUUCAUCAACGAUAUCCCAACCCUUCGCGAAUCGACAGUAUCAACCUUCAGCACAUAUCAGACUCCGCCGCCUCCGGGCACAAUUCUCCCGUCAUUCCCUCUGGAAGGUGAAUGGACCGAGCAGGUGUUUUCGGAGCGGAGGGAGUCGUUGACGGAGGAGACUUUCAAUGCGAACUUCUUUGACUUUGCCUGCGAUCCGGCCAUGGCUUCUUCACAAGUGGCAAUUGAGCUGGAUGACGGCGAUCAGAAGCUCCUCGAUCACUUUGUUCAACACGUUCUCCCAACCAUUUUCCCAAUUUUGGAAUCAAACCAGCAUGGCUCAAUCAGUUCCGAGCUUGUUCUCCCAUCACUGGCCAACAACAAGGGUUACCUGCACUGCUGCUUGAGCAUUGCGGCGCAACACUUCAAGUCUACAAUGGGUAUUCAGAACGAGGAGAUUGACAAUGACAUCAUGCGUCACCGCUAUGCCACCAUCACCUGGCUAUGCGAGGCGCUCAAUCGCGAUGAGAACCACCAGCCAAUUCUCGAUGCGACCCUUGGCUUGAUCUUCUUCCAGUGCAUAGUUGGCCGUCCUGAGGACACUCUUCCCGAUAUUCCCUGGCACCAGCAUUUCCAAGCCGUAGUAUCGCUCGUGCAAAAGCUGGAUCUUGCCGGACUUGUUUCGGAUAUCACCAAGCCACUGGCACAUACACCAUUCAACAUGACGCUUACGUCUUGGAUUGACAUUUUGGGCGCCACGAUGCUAGGCAGCUCCCCCUUGUUCGCGCACACCUACCGUAACAAACAUCUUUCGAUCAACAACCACUCGCUCGGCUUGCGCGAACUGAUGGGCUGUGAGGAUCGCGUUAUGUAUCUCAUUUCGGAGAUUGCUUGCCUUGAGUCGCUGAAGAAUCAAGGCAUGGACGACAUCACACUUUGCCAGCACGUCCGUGGCCUUGGCGACGAAAUCAGCAACACCGAGGUCAACGAGGGUACGCUCGUCGAGCCUUACAACGCCAAUGGGACUCUGAGCCCCAAGCAACUGAGCAAGAACAUCACGGCCGCCUUCCGUCUUGCUGCUCGCAUCUACCUCUGCAGCCUCGUCCCGGGCUUUUACCCUGCUCAGCCCAGCUGCAUGGGUCUCGUCGAGAAGCUCACCGCGGUUCUCCAGCUGAUCCCCUCGGGUGUCAACGGGUACGACCGCUCACUCACCUGGGUCUACCUGAUCGGUGGAUCCGUCAGCGUGCCCGGCUCAUCUUUCCGCGACUUCUUCGAGAACCGCGUCGCCCAGCUCGGCGACGUAGCCAACUCGGGCAGCUUCGGCCGCAUGACCGUCCUCCUUCGCGAGGUCUGGCUUCAGUAUGAGGCGAUCCUCGCGGCGGCGGAGGCGGCCGCGGGCACUUCUUCUUUAUCUUCUGAGACCCCACAACAACAGCAGCAAGUCAACGCACAUUACGUCCGCUGGCGGGAGGUUAUGCAGAUCAAGGGAUGGGAUUACUUGCUUAUCUAA